GCGGCCUGCGUUGGGAAGGCGGCACUGCGCGGCUCAGCCUUCCGCUUCUCUCCGCUGUAGCGGCCGGGGCAGGUGGCGCCCGGCGUGUUCCGGUGGUCCCGCAGAUCCUCGGUGGCCAUGCGGCUCCUCACCGGCGCUUCCAGCGCAGUGCGGACGGCAGCACUACUGCUGCUGCUGCUGCUGCUGCUGCUGGCUCCCGGUUCCCGAAGUGAAGAGAUGAUGAAUACCAGCAGUACUACACCCUUCACAACGAUUCCAGACCCUAAGUUGAAAGGCAGUAGUAGUUUGCCCUCCAAUCUCACUGUUGCAUCAUCUACAAAAUCAACAACAACAUCUACAGUAGGUACGUCCACCCAUACUACUCACCCAACCAGCACCAGUCAGCCUAUCAACACCACUGUGUCUGUCAUCUUGACGACUCAACCCACCAAAACCAGCCAGACAACAAGAUUCACCACAGCUCCAUCAGUCACAUCAUCACAACCGAAUAUUACAGUGGUGACCACUUCCAAGAUUUCUUUCACUUCUGUAACAGGCACAUCAAAAUCUAAGGCUGUCAUAGCCAAAACCUCCAGAUUUGAUGUGGGCAGUUUUGUAGGUGGCAUUCUGCUGACGCUUGGAGUCUUAGUUAUUCUCUACAUUGGAUGCAAAACCUAUCACUCUAGAAGAGGCAUUCAGUACAGAACCAUUGAUGAACAUGAUGCCAUCAUUUAAAGAGACUUCAGGGAAGAAGAAACCCAUCCUGUCACAGCUGUUUAACUUGCUUCUGGAAGAGUAUCUUUCAUAAAGAUGAUACCAGUCUCUAGACCUGCCUUCAGUGUGAUCCUGCAAAAUGUUGAAAAGCUCUUUAAACAUCCUGAUUUUUUUGCAUUGGCUUUCAUAAGGAGAAGAGGAACUCAGUGCUCUGUAGAGACAGUAUUUUCUUUUUCCAGUAUUUGUAACCAGAUGUAAAGAAAUGCACAUCUUGAGUCAUUUUCAGGUACACACACAAGUCUAAAAUAGCACAGUGGAUCGCAGCCUUGCAAUUAAGUUUAGUUAUUUCUCACAUACUUUAUAAAUCCGGUGUGUUCUAUAAUGGAUAUAGUAGAUUUAAUUAGGAUACAUUUGAGAGUAGGCAUAGGUUUUUGCAAGUAAAAUGGAGUUUUUUUUUUCCUAAGAUUUUGUAUUAAACUUAUUUAUUUUGAAGUUUGAUGCAAACUAUAGUUUAGAAAUUUUGGAUUUUGAACAACUCGGUUAAUUUUUAUUGCGCUAUAAGGGGAUGUGGUUUGCUGACUCUAUAGAAGGUAAUAAUGGGUAAAAGGCCUUAAGUUGCACCAGGGGAGGUUUAGAUUGAAUUUUAUAAAAAACUUCUUCACCCCAUCCGGGGGUUGUCAAACACUGGAUUAGACUGCCCAGGGGAGUGGUGGAGUCACUGUUCCUGGAGGUUAAAAGAUGCGUAGAUGCAGCACGGGGACAUGGUUUAGUGGCAUGGUAGACUUGGCAGCACUGAAUUAACAGUGGGACUUUAUCUUUCUUAAGGGUCUUUUCCAACCUAAAUGAGUCUGAUGUGUACUUAUAACUUCAGUUAUUAUCUCACCAGUGACCUGCAAAGACUUUCCUGAGCCUAGCUGCAGGAAGCGUGGACAGGCUGGAGAUACCCCUCCAUCAACCCUUUCCUCCAAAUGGGUGCUUACAAGAAAACAGCCUAUAUGAUCCGUAGCUUCUUCCUUAUAGCAUGUUGUACUAAUGAAGCAUGUGCAAUUGAAAGUAAAGUAAAAAUGGGAAAAUCU